AUGGCGUCGGAUGAUGCAUUACCAGUACUCAAGGUGCUAAUCAUCGGCCCGUCGGGUGCGGGCAAGUCAGCGCUGUUGAUGAGGUACUGCGAAGAUAGCUUCGAUCCAGAUUCUUCCACAGCUACAAUAGGGAUAGAUUUCAAGACUAAGAAGCUAUCCGUGCGAGGGCAAGCAUACAGGCUGAACGUCUUCGACACUGCCGGCCAAGAACGCUUCCGCACACUAUCAACUAGCUAUUAUAGAGGCGCUCAUGGCGUGAUAAUUGUCUAUGAUAUUUCGAGCAGGUCCAGCUUUGCAAGUAUGGACAAGUGGAUCGAGGAGGCGAGAAAUAAUGCCAACCCAGACGCCGUGCUAUAUAUCGUCGGGAGCAAGCUGGACAAGGUGACCUCGGGCGGCCGGGCAACCUCGGCCGAAGAAGGUCAGGCGUUUGCAGAUGCCGAGGGAGCAGGAUUCUGCGAGGUUAGUUCCAAGACGCGGGAGAACGUGCGCAGGCCGUUCAUCGAGGUCAUCGAUCGCAUUGUCCAGAAGCCCGAGUUGCUGAAGCCGCCCAACGCCAACAAUGGCACCUUGAACAUUGGCAAUAUGGCAUCGGACUACUCUUCGGCAUGCCCUUGCUAG